AUGGCUUUGACGCAUUUUCGACUUGUUUAUUCUCAUGCUAAUCUAAGACACUUGAAUCUUCAGAUUAUCCACCAGUACAACGUCAAAGAAGAGCCAGAGAGCUCUGCUUUUGCAGUGUCUGUCAAGACAGUCCGAGAAAACUGCUCUUCUAACAGUUUCCUGCAAAUUUGUGCUUCUUACACCAAUGAGGACUCCGUAUCCAACAGGGCUGUUAUGGAGGUCGACCUCCAAACAGGAUACUCGGCAGAUGAGGAAGACUUGAGAGGUCUCGUCGCUCAGCAAGUCAUCAAGCGUUACGAGGAGAGAGAUGAGAAUGUCUUCCUUUACCUGGAAUCGGUCGGUAGCUCCGAAGUUUGUAUCUCCUUCCACGUCCUGAAGGGCUUCGAAGUCGAAGGCCUUCUGCCCGGUACCGUCACCCUCUACGAUUAUUACACACCUGAAUUCACGCUGACUCAGUCAUUCGAAAUUGAAGACACAUGUCAGUCAGCGUGAAGUGUGUGAUUGGCUCCUUUUGGUAAACGAUGGAUGGCAAAUGACUCCACUACAAUAUAUGAAAAAACAAUAAAAAAGAUAUAUAUAUUAAAGUUAUCGGUCUUAGAGAUGCAGCGCAUUUUUGACAAAAAUGUUAAAUGUUUUUAUUGGUCAUUAUUUCUGAUUUUAUCGGACUAGAAGCCUUCCUCAUUUGAUUUCCCAAGGUACAUCAAUAACCUGGCGAUCAUUUCCUUGUUUUACGGCAAAUUUCCAAGGAAAAUGUGAAAAAUAAAACGGCUUGUUUAAAAAAAAAUGACUUUGACAGAAAUAUCAAACUGUUCUGUGCACCUGGUAUGACACUUUUGCCUUUCGUCUAGUGGUUAAGUCACACGCAUUUUCUCUUUCCUUCCCUUCCACCCCCCUCCACCCCCGCCCCUCUUUCAGAUUUAUCAGUCUUCUCCUCUCACCAACCUUCCGAACUGAUUUUAUCAUCAUUCACCUUUGAAUGUCAUAUAUUCAAACGGUCGCCACUAAUUUGCAACAUCGGUGUUUCUGAAUGAAUCAGUUUCUUCCAUUGU